AUGCCGCAACUUCAAUUGGCCGCUUGGAGCUCUUCGACAUUGUAUCCCACGAUCCUCAACUCCCGUCGCUACACCCAGUCGCGCACAAUGUCUGCCGCGCCGGUCUUCUGGUCCACCCCCCUGCGGUACUGCCGCUGGGCCGCCCGCGAGCGUCCCGCCCUCUUCUGGUCCGUCAUCGUGGGCGCCGCCGGCCCUGCGCUCAUGCCCAUUGUGCCCCCGAUCAGGCACUACUUUGGCGACGUCGACCCCGCGCCUGUCCCUGUGACGUAUCCCGUUCCCAACGGCCCGCGGAAACAAUUGACCGGCUACGAUGAUUGA